AAUUGACGACAUUGAAAUCGAUAAUACGAACAACAAAAAAGUUGCAAUUACUUUAGAUGCGGCCACAGGAUUAGGCGGUAAUGCCAAAUUUCAAACCGAAGGCACAGGUGCUCCGUUAACCGGUAAGGCUGAUGACGGCACUACUGAUGGCACGGCUGCAACUGGCGGUCGAACCGGUGAUACUCGAAUGCCAGCAGGCGGAAUAGCCACCAUUGAGGUUAAUUGUUCCACUGAAUUAGAGGCGAGAAAG